CUUCCGUGCGCCCCGCACAGCGGGAGCCCAGCCCGAGCGGUGCAGAGCCCGCGGUGGGCCGGCAGCCGCGGCCCCUGGCCCAACCCGAGCGAGCACCGCCGCGCCCCAGCCCGGUCGGCAAGAUGUCGGUGAAGGAGGGUGCACAGCGCAAGUGGGCCACACUGAAGGAGAAGCUGGGGCCGCAGGACUCAGACCCCACGGAGGCCAACCUGGAGAGUGCGGAGCCCGAGCUGUGCAUCCGGCUGCUGCAGAUGCCCUCCGUGGUCAACUACUCGGGCCUGCGCAAGCGUCUGGAGAGCAGCGACGGUGGCUGGAUGGUGCAGUUCCUGGAGCAGAGCGGCCUGGACCUGCUGCUCGAGGCCCUGGCGCGCCUGUCUGGCCGCGGGGUGGCCCGCAUUGCCGACGCCCUGCUGCAGCUCACCUGCAUCAGCUGCGUGCGCGCCGUCAUGAACUCGCAGCAGGGCAUUGAGUACAUCCUGAGCAACCAGGCCUACGUGCACCAGCUCUCCCUGGCUCUGGACACGUCCAACGUGAUGGUCAAGAAGCAGGUGUUCGAGCUGCUGGCCGCCUUGUGCAUCUACUCCCCCGAGGGCCACAUGCUGACCCUGGAUGCCCUGGACCACUACAAGACGGUGUGCAACCAGCAGUACCGCUUCAGUGUCAUCAUGACUGAGCUCUCCGAUAGCGACAACGUGCCCUACGUCGUCACCCUGCUCAGUGUGAUCAACGCCAUCAUCCUGGGCCCCGAGGACCUCCGCACCCGCACCCAGCUGCGUGGGGAGUUCACUGGGUUGCAGCUGCUGGACACCCUGACACGGCUGCGGGACCUGGAGGAUGCCGACCUGCUGAUCCAGCUGGAGGCCUUCGACGAGGCCAAGGCUGAGGAUGAGGAGGAGCUCCUGCGCGUCUGCGGGGGCAUCAACAUGAACAGCCAUCAAGAGGUCUUUGCUUCUGUGUUCCACAAGGUGAGCUGCUCCCCAGCCUCUGCCCAGCUGCUGUCCAUGCUGCAGGGCCUCCUCUACCUGGAGCCCACCCUCCCCUCCAGCCAGCUGCUCUGGGAGGCUCUGGAGAACCUGGUGAACCGAGCCGUGCUCCUGGCCAGUGACGUCCAGGAAUGCACCCUAGAAGAGAUGGUGGAGCGGCUCCUGUCCGUCAAGGGGCGGCCACGCCCAAGCUCCCUGAACAAGGCCCACAAGAGCGUCCAGGCCGACCUAGGCCAGAGUCAGAAGGGCAGCGUGCCCCAAAACAGUGGUGCCCUGAAGGCGGGUGUGGAGGGCCGCCAGCCUGAGGCCGACCUCACCAGCCUGCACACUGUCGACAUCCAGGGCUCGAGCAGCAUGGUCGCCCCACAGCCGCGGGCACCCACCCCAGCCCCACCUGCACCCCCACUCCCCGGCUCCCCUGCAGGGCCUCCUCCCCCGCCCCUACCUCCCCCACUGCCAAGCCUGGGGGCCCUGGCCCCCCCACCCCCUCCCCCACUGCCAGGCCUGGGGGCCCCCCCACCCCCUCCCCCACUGCCAGGCCUGGGGGCCCCCCCACCCCCUCACCCACUGCCAGGCCUGGGGGCCCCCCCACCCCCUCCAGCACCCCUGCUGCCUGUCUCGGGUGGGGUCCUCCCUCCCCCACUCCCGGGCACGGGAUGCCCCCCUCCACCCCCACCCCUGCCGGAUCUGUCUGGCUCCUCUAGGGUGGGUGGUGAGGAGAUCAUUGUGGCCCACGUGAGCCACAGCCUGGACUCUGCCUGGGUCCCAAGCCACCGGCGAGUAAACCCUCCCACUCUGCGCAUGAAGAAGCUCAACUGGCAGAAGCUGCCGUCCAAGGUGGCACAAGAGCACAACUCCAUGUGGGCCUCGCUGAACAGCCUGAGUGCCGAGGUCGUGGAGCCCGACUUCCCCAGCAUCGAGCGGCUCUUCUGCUUCCCCCAGGCCAAGCCCAAGGAGCACGUGGCCGCCCCAGCCAGGAAGGAGCCCAAGGAGAUCACUUUUCUGGACUCCAAGAAGAGCCUGAACCUCAACAUCUUCCUGAAGCAGUUCAAAUGCUCCAACGAGGACGUCACUGCUAUGAUCCGGGCUGGGGACACCACCAAAUUCGACGUGGAGGUUCUCAAGCAGCUCCUCAAGCUCCUUCCUGAAAAGCACGAGAUCGAAAACCUGCGCUCCUUCACAGAGGAUCGGGCCAAGCUGGCCAACGCCGACCAGUUCUACCUCCUGCUGCUGGGCAUUCCCUGCUACCAGCUGCGGGUAGAGUGCUUGCUACUGUGUGAGGGCACGGCCGUCGUGUUGGACAUGGUGCAGCCCAAGGCCCGGCUGGUCCUCGCUGCCUGCAACAGCCUGCUCACCAGCCACCGGCUGCCCAUCUUCUGCCAGCUGAUCCUGAAAAUUGGAAACUUCCUUAACUACGGCAGCCACACGGGGGAUGCAGAUGGCUUCAAGAUCAGUACGCUGCUGAAGCUCACGGAAACCAAGUCCCAGCAGAGCCGCGUGACGCUGCUGCACCACGUGCUGGAGGAGGUGGAGAAAAGCCACCCAGACCUCCUGCAGCUGCCCCGGGACCUGGAGCAGCCCUCCCAGGCAGCGGGGAUCAACCUUGAGCUCAUCCGUUCCGAGUCCAGCACCAACCUGAAGAAGCUUCUGGAGAUAGAGCGGAAGGUGUCCUCCUCCAUCCCUGAGGUGCAGGAGCAGUACACGCAGCGCAUCCAGGCCAGCAUCGAGGCCUGCCAGGCGCUGGAUGAGGUGCUCCAGGCUGUCGAGCAGAAGAAGCUGGAGUUGGCUAGUUACCUGUGCGAGGAAGCUCAGCAGCUGUCCCUGGAGGACACGUUCAGCACCAUGAAGACCUUCCGGGACCUCUUCAUCCGCGCCCUGAAGGAGAACAAGGACCGGAAGGAGCAGGCCGCGAAGGCUGAGAGGAGGAAGCAGCAGCUGGCGGAGGAAGAGGCGCGGAGGCCGCGGGCGGAGGACGGGAAGCCUGUCAGGAGGGGAGUCGGGAAGCAGGAGGAAGUGUGUGUCAUCGAUGCCCUGCUGGCCGACAUCAGGAAGGGCUUCCAGCUGCGGAAGACGGCCCGUGGCCGAGGGGACGCGGAGUGGGGCAGCAAGGCGGCUGCCACGGACCCGCCGAGGGACAAGGCGCCUGCGGCCCCCAGAGUCCCCUCCGGAGGCACCGGCUGCCCCACCUCUGAGCCCCGGGGCUGGGACCUCUCAGAUGCCACUGCCCCGGGCCCACAGCCUCCUGCAGACCCAUCAGAGGAGGGCGGGCCUGGGCCCCUGGAGAGGCGUUCUUCUUGGUACACAGACGCCAGCGAUGUCCUGACCACCAAGGACCCCCAGAGCCCCCAGCCUUCUCAGGGCGCCUGGCCCGUGGUGCUGGGAGAUGCUCAGGCCCUGAAGCCUCUCAAGCUCUCUGGUGACAAGCCCCCCGGGGCCACAGGGUCGAGCCAAGAUGCUGAAGACCCCACAGCCCCUCAGGGCGUCUGCCUGGCUGAGGCCGACAGCACCGUGGAGGGGCCGCCGGACGCAGCUGCCCGCGGCCGCAGUGCCCAGCUCCCCGCCACAGGCCCUGGUGUGGCUGGGGAUGGGGACCAGGAGGGCACAGCCCCAGAUUCUGCACUGGACACGUCCUUGGACAAGUCCUUCUCUGAGGACACAGUCACGGACUCUUCAGGGUCCGGCACUCUCCCCAGGGCCCGGGGACACUCCUCAAAGAAGACGGGCAAGCGAAGGAAGAAGCGCCCCUCAAGGAGCCAGGAAGGCCUCAGCCUUAAGCCCAAAGCCAAGUGAGAGUGCCCGCGGCCGGCCCCCACACAGCAGUGGGCCCCUGGAUGUACUGCUGAGUGGGGCUCCUCCAGGGCCAGGCUGGAACUGGGCCCCUGAGAAACCAAAACUCUGUGCCUUACCCUCCAGGGAGGUGGGCCUCCCAGAGC